UUUUAACAGGCGUAUAGCAUUAAUUUGUUGAAUCUGUGUUCUCGUUUACUUUCUCCAAAAGUGUCUUAAAACAUAUCUCUUUUUAAUUUGUUUCAUUGCAGACACUCCAUUUUAUACCCGAUACCAGGAUUUCAUCCUGGGAUGGGUGCUUCAGUUAGCGGUUCGAACGGAAUACACAAUGGUGGUCAGUGGGCAUGGCGUGCACACCAAACGACCAUUCAGCCUCCACCGCAGUACUCCUCACUCUAUCCUGAUCCGAAUGGGAACUGCAUUCGCCCUACAACGAGCUCAAACUGCAGUACAAACCCCAACAACGCAGCCAGCACGACAGGGGGAUCCGGGCGAGCAGGUUCGGCGGCAACCACACCGACAGGUACUGUCACCUCAACGCCUCCUUCAGAACAUCGUACUCUGCAGCGCCCUCAGCGGUUAACCCCACCUCUCCUUUUACGCUGUUCUCCGUCUUCAGAUCGACACGUCCAUCACCAUCAUCACACUCACUACCGACAGAGCACACACUGUCCAUCACCUUCACCUUCAGGUCAGUCGUGUAGGACACCAACGCCGGUAGAGCAUCGACCAGCUUUGACUUCACCCGGACAAUCAUUGACUGGCCAACAAACAGUACGGUCUCCGACUACGCCACAGAACCCGCCAUCUCGUAGAGCAUCACCGCAAGAUAACCACGCCUGCCGAGAGCAUCAGUUAUCAUCACCGUCAUCACAGCAGGUCCAUCUAUUUCACCACCAGCAUCCUUUGCAUCUUCCUCUUAAGCAAAGCCCGCUGACUGGUCCAAGCACACUUCCGUCAUCCUCAAGAAGAUCCUACCAUUCCUCUUUACCAUCUACACCUUUACUAGAAAGUGUGGAUGAAUCCAGGAAUACAAGUGAUUGUGUGUGAUGCUUCUUGGACAUGAAUCAUGAAUGCGUUAAAAGGGAUGGAUUUUUAGAACCAACAAUGUCAAUAAUUAAAUAU